AAAUGUUAUACUAUAGUCCAUAUAUAAGCCCUUUCAAUCUCUCUAACCUUAUAUCAUUUAUUCUUUAAAUUUACAUCUUCUUCCUUCAAGCUCUUUCAAUUAUUAUGGCUAAAAUUUGUCCAGAAUUAAUGUUACAACAAUCUUCUUCUCCUCCUCCUCCUUCGUCAUCACCUUAUGUUACAUCCAUAAGAGAAACAUUUACCAUAUGGAUGAAAUCUUUAGUUUUCCAUGGGAAUGGCUGUACUGUUUUUAAUUCCAAAGGUGAAAUUAUUUUCAGAAUUGAUAAUUACCAAGAAAGUUGUAGAGAUGAAGUUUGUCUCAUGGAUCUCAAGGGCCAAGUUCUCUUCUCCAUUAAAAGAGAGAAACUAAGAGUAUUUGGUCGUUGGAAUGGCUAUGGAUCAUGUGGUAGAAUUAAAGGGAGGCCAUUGUUUCAAGUGAAGAGGAAUUAUAGCAUGUUUUCAAGCGAUAAUGUCAUAUGUAAUGUUGGGUGUGAUGAAAAUAAUGUAGGAGUUGGCUGCUACAAGAUUCAACAAUUGGAAAGAAGUACAUCAUUUAAAGUUACAAAUACUGCUGGUCAAGUUGUUGCAGAGGUAAAAAAGAAGCAAUCAUCAAGAGGAUUUGGGUAUGGUGAAGAGGUGUUAAGUCUAGAAGUGCAACCCCAUAUAGACCACUCACUAAUUGUGGCCCUUGUAACAGUAUGUGGCUUGAUUCAUGGCAAAUUAUGAACAACAAUUAUGGCAUUAUGCUGAUGAUAAUGACAUACUGAGCCCAGCAAACUUCCUAUAGAGGUUCUUGAUUUAUGUAAUUUUCCUAAUUUGUGAGAUUGAAUAAUCUCCUCAACAAGCUCGUUUAGGGCUUAAAGUUUUGUAAAGGGAAAUCCAGAAUGUACAAUAUAACUCAUUCUUUUAUUUGUUAAUUAGCUUUUAAAUGCUUCUUCACUUACAGUAUAA